CGAUUUCACAGAAAUGCUAUUGUCAUCCCUGUUGUAAUUAAUUGCAAAUGCAGAUUUUUUAUUAAUGAAGGUGAAUUUUAUAAAAAAUUAUCAUAUUGGCGUUAACAAUAUCUAAAACUAUUUCUGCUACAAGGUCAAAUCUCAUUUGCUUCCAAAAAUGUCGAGCUUGGAUAUAUACGACGAUACAGAGAACCUUAUAAGCAGUGAUGAAUAUAGUGACGAGGAUGAUGAUGAACUUAUGAAUGUUGCUAUUAGUUCUCAGCAGGCCAAAAGUAAGCCCAAGAAUGUGGAUCGUUUAUACGAAUUAGCGUCGGCUUCAAGGACUAUUAAAAAAGUACCAAGACUGCCGUUUAAGAGAAAAUUAUGUAGCAAAUAUAAAUCAAAAGCGUUGAAAUGGCUGAGUGGUAAGGCCAAACGAGAAAAAAGUAAACAGUAUUUGCUAUGUUUGAAAAGUAAAGAUGCAGCUGUUUUGGAAUCUCAAAAUCGUGAAAGAUCAUAUAACUCAACUAAUGUUCUUCAGAAAGAAGUAAAGUUAACAAAUAAUUUAUCAGAAACUAUAGAUUUAGAUGAAUCGGACGUUGAGUCUAGUGUUCUAAAUGAGAGUAAAGAAGAGAGUAAGCAAAAUGUUGAAGAUGACGAAGAUGAGGAUGAAGAAUUACUUAUUGAAAAACCAAAACCAGUACCGGUUGAGAAGCCAAAAGAAGUUUCCGGAAAGGAAAAGGAAUUGCAGGAAAAACAGAUCGAUAUAGCGGUUAAACAAAUAUCUGUGGUGGAUGAAAAACCGAAAGUAGAGGAGCCAGUUGUAGAAACGAAAACUCAACAAUCUCAAAAGCGUGCACGCUCACCCACACCUCCAGCGGAAAGUGAUUGCACUGAAAACAAAAAACAUCAGCCAGAGCGACCAUCAUCUACACAAUUAUACAGAAAAAUUAAUGAAAUGUUUCCAAAAUUCGACGAAGUUAUUGGUAAUCACGUGAAACAUAACAGUACCACAUUAGAUGCAAUUGAUGAAAAGAUGACACGUUUGAUGCUGGACAUACAAACUUUAAAUGAAAUCUUGGAAGCUAAAGAGACCGAAUGGAAUCGUUUACAGAAUUUGAAAAGAGUUAAAGAAGAAAUUCUAUCAAGAUUAGCGAAAAAGAAACAAAUACUGGCAGUAAAAGAUCGAAAAUUCGAUGAGCACAAAUAUAAUUUGCAAGUAUUGAAAGAGCUGGAAACCUAUUUAUCCGAUACACAGCCCUCGACAUCAACCAAUAAUUUUAGUAACUCUACAACACAUCAGCUAAUUGAGAGUCGUGCUAGUAUGAAAACAGAAGAGCUAGAAAAGGAACGAAAUAAUACAAAUCGAUUGCAAAAUAUUUUAAUAUCAAGCAACAUCCUGCAACGUUCAACGAAUGCCACUUCCAACUUUGAAAAUGAUAUGGCGAAAAAUAAUGCAUCUCCAAUACACCAAACAGCAUUUAACGAUGAUAGCCCAGAGCUGCAAAAGUAUCAGUAUUUGGAACAGAAAUUAAAAUCCAAAGUUGGCCGUCAGGGUCCAUUUGUUGAUGUAAAAAGUUUAGUUGCUGAUUUCCGGCAACAGAAUCCCGUCGUUUUUCCACGAGUUGGCAAACGAAUUAAAACAAGUGAUGGCAACUACACCGUAAGACCGCUGAGUACGCCACCAAAUUGCGUUGAUGGUAAUAAUUUAUUUAUGGAUUCAUCAUAUAAUUGCAAUGGUUCAAAUUAUACACCAACAUUAGAAAAAUUGCUUAGUACAACAUCGCGUAAUAAUACAAUGUUACAUGCCAAUAAACCCAGUAUCCCUGCAACUCAAGGAUUUAAGUUUAAUACAGAAAGCCAAAAAAGUUACUAUCGUUUACAGAGUGAUGGCGGUUGUAAUGAAAUUUCAAUAACGCCAGUGAAUUCCGUUAAUCGCUAUCCACAAAGAAUUUUGCAGAAUUCAAAAUCCGGCUUAUUAAGAACGGCAUUAGAUGUGAAUCCCCAACAAAACAAUUACUACGAAAUGCCCGAUUAUGGAAAAUCUCACAAUACACACAAAUCCAUGCGCAACAUGCAUAACAAUGAUUUACAGCUGUGCCAAGAGUGUAAAAUGCACGAGGCACGCUUUGUUUGUGCUGGUUGUGGCAAUCAAUGGUAUUGUAGUCGAGAGUGUCAGGUUAACGCUUGGGAUAAACAUUCGGAUGUUUGCAGUGAGUGAAUAAAAUUUGAAAAAGAUUCAUAUAAUAUAUGAACGUCGUAAAUAUUUUGUGUAUUUUUUUCUCGUAAAAUAAUAAAAAUAUGUCUGUCUUUAGCUUAUAGAAAAAAAAAAUACAUAUGUAUUUCCUAAAGUUUCCAUGACUCAAUGGCAUCGUAUAUACUAAAAUAUUAAAUAAACAUAAAUUAUAUAGAUUAAAAUCUAA